AUGCCUGAUUCGUCUUCGCAACGCCCAUCCAUCGAUCUCCAGACUCUAUUCACACUCGCCUCCGGUAUACGUGAACCUAAUUCUCAGAAUAUUUGGAGGGCUACCUCCUCGGUUGUCAAAGGCGACAAACGCACACCCGGGCCCCAACUCUUGGACGCCCUCGCCGCCCUCGCCGUCUGCAAGGCGAAGGGCCAGGUGGUUGCCGUAGGUGUUACAAUCACCCAAGGACUCGUGACCCUUCAUGUUGCCGAAAACUGCCCUGUUUCAGAGAAUGUCAUCAACCACCUCAAGGACACCGUGCGUCGCAUCAAGGAGAUCCGUUCGUUUGCACUGCGCCUACCGCGCUCUCCUCCAGACGUCCAGGACUCCGCCCUUUCCGAAAAGCUCGAUGAUAUGGAGGAUCGGAUGAUCGAGUAUGCGUGGCCUAAACUCAGGCAGCGCUUCCGCAAGCGAUACGACGGCUUCAACAAGCUCCUUCGAGACGUUGUCUAUGAGGACGGCAACGUACACGCUGAGGCGGACCGCAGCAACCCACCUAAUAAUCACACACUCGCACUUCGUCAGCGUCUCGUCGAAGGUUUGCGGAACUCAGAUGCGCGCAAAAAUCUCAUCAAGUUCGCGGAGGCGUUGGACAUUAUGGAUGCUGCACUCCGGGACGUCGUGACUCCGACAAAAGAGGAUUCGGCCAUGGUGAAUAUAGCGAUGCAGCUUCUGGAGGUAUCAUAUGGCAAACGUGUUGUCGACGAGCGGGGACAGGACGUGUUAAACUUGUGCACGCUUUACCUUGACCGCUCCAGUUACGACUUGGCGCGUUGGAUCAAUAAACUCAUCACUCCGCACCGUAACUUCUCAUGCGUGUCUCGCCUCGUUACGUCUACCUCUCUCGCCCCGUUCAUUGACCCAACAGUCGAGGUCGUUGCCGUCCAUCCCCAACCGCCCGUCUCCAUCUCUGUUAACAUCACACUGGAUACGAUUCGGCAAGCUGCGCAGGAGUCCGGGUGGAAGAAAGAUGAGGAGAAGAAUGGCGAAGGGAAGUCGAUCGGUGAUCACGUAUUGGAACAGGUUUUCGUUGACCUCCCCCAAAACCUCCGGUUACCGAAACAGGACGUGCCUCCUCAGCAGAUACAGCCCAAGUACGAGUCUGUCUAUCCUCACUGUGAAUGUACGCUCCUUGCAAGCCUCCACGGACAGGCAGGCCUCUACGCGUACUUCGGUGUCUCGAAGCUGUCAUGCGCCCUGUGUGGUGAGUGUUUUGCGGCGUACAGGGCGGUGAUGAAGUUGGAAAUACACACUCGCGGCUCCCACAGUCAACUCGUCGCCCCAUGGGUGUGCCCCAAGUUCUCUGAGAAGAACGUUGAGGUGCAGGAGAAGAUGAAAGAAUCAAUCCUUCAAAAGAUCUCCAACGGCCUGGAGGCCCUCCAGUCUGCAGAGAAGGCUCGGAAGAAAUCUCAGAGUUCGGUGGCCUCUGAUGAUAGCUAUGUUCAGCGGGCAAUAAAACUUCCUAGAUUGGCCGCCACCAUGCUAAGAGUGGAGCAAGUCAUGAAAGCACGGGAGCAGUUUGGUGUCUGA